ACAACUCCUAUCUUUGAGUAUAGCAAACACACACUAAAACUAUUGUUGCAUCGCCUAAUACCCCCGCGCGACACAUCCAGACUGCGCCACUCCCCCAACCUAUCUCUUUCGAUCAUGGGAAAUUACUACAGCAAACCUUCCCCAGAAUACGUAAACCGCCCGAACGGUCCUGUCCCAGAAAUCAAAAUAACACCUCCGCAAGAACCUAACGAGGACCAAUCGCAGCCAUUUGAACAGCCACCCAACACAAGCAAACCUCCCCCGAAUAACGUAAACCACCCGAAAAUCCCUGUCCCAGCCAUCGAAGGAACACCUCCGCCCAACGAAUCCGUGAGUUCGGAAAACAAAGUACCUAAGCAGUCCCGGACGUAG